GGCCCUCUAAAAGAACAAACAUUGAUUUAAGUGUCCUUUUAAAAAAUGCGAACGCUCCUGCAGAGCAAAACGUGACAGAACAGUCAAAUGUCUUAAUUCCCGAAACAAAACUUUUACAGGAAAAGCAGGGAAAAUGUUCUGGUUUAGGUAAAACAAAUAAAACCAGAAGAGGGCUUACUUCAAAGAGGCAGGAUUUGUCCCUUUCAUGGAUGAAGGCUCUGCGUGCAAGACCUUCAGCGUUUGCUUUAACUUUAUGUCUUCCUUAUCCUCCAAAAGGUUAUAAACGGCACACAGUUGGUAUGCAUAAAGCUUUCCUGUACAGUAGACAAGUACAAGACGUAAAACCUAAGGAAAUUGCUCCUAAAACAGCCAUAACACCAUUUGACUUCAAAACAGCAUCUCCUGACGAUAUUGUAAAAGCUCAUCAACAAAAAGCUUUUACAAGAAAGUAGCACAAGGAAAAGGGAAAGAAUCCAUGUUUUUAUCUUGGUAUGUUGGAAAAAGAAAUACAUAGGACCUAUUUACAAUCCAGAAUUGAGUUUUAAAAUUUUUUUAAUUGAUGCUACAAUUCUCACUGUAAGAUUGGUAACAAAUUUGUAUGUGAACUUUUUAGCUGUUGCACUGAAUAGCUUUAUUUUUGCCUAAUUUUCACUGACAAUUUAACUUUUUUAACUUUUACGAAGUCUUGUACUUUAGUGUAUUGAUGUGGCAUGUACAGUAUCUUCUAAACCUCAUUGGACUUCUUGAAACACCUGCCUAGGGGUGUGUGUAUAUAUGUUUCAUGGGGAAGAACACUGAAGUAUUAUUUUUUGAAAUAACUCAGUUUUGCUAUGUAGUGUAUAGUUUGAGGAGUGGGAUCCUCAGUUUAGAUUGCAACUGUUUUAUUAAAUGUUCUUAAAGCUUAAUCUGGUAAGGUAUGCUAUUAAACUGCCCCUCUUGUAAUUCGUUAUUUCUCCUCAGUGUCACUAUUCUCUUUAUUGUACUUAAAUAGAAAAUACUUCAUUUUUAAAAAGCCUCACUAGCCUCAGGUUUUGAUUGAAAGGUAUAAUAGGACAUGUAUAGUUUUUAAUAGGACCAAAUUUGUUGGGGAGCAAGCGCUUACAUUUGAGAUUGCAUUCCCUUUCUUCCAUUCUGCAGUCAUCUGUCAGAAUGUGAUUUUCAGCAUUUUACAGCAGCUGUAUUGUAGAUACAUAUGUGGCACAUGUUUCAUGAGAAGUUUUAAUAGAAUUCUGUCAUUUGUUUUCAAGUCUUUCAGAAAAGCAUUGGAUUAACUUCUAACUUUAGCAUGGGUGUCUUUGCUUAAUGGAAGAAAAUGUUUCAGACAGAGCAUAGGUGCUGUUUAUAUCUGCCUCUUGUCUGUUUUGGAGAGAGCUUUCAUAGUGGUGUACACAUGUUGUUCUCUACUAUUGCCACCCGUCACUGUUAUUUCAAAGCUUUACACUGAAGAUCAGAACUGGGACAUUUAGAACUGACUUUUUUAGCUGAUGACCAGAUUCUUGUGCCCUUGUUAGUCAAGUUAGUGACUGUGUGUAUCUUUCAAUUUCUUUAGUAUACAUUAGUAUACAUUAAUUCUUUUGAUACACUUCCAGUGUCAGUGUUUUAGGUCCGAUCAGCAAAAUGUGCAAUAGAGGUACUGCUGCAACAAAAAAAAAAUACAUUUGUUCUCAUACUGUAAUAUGUUUAUUCGUAAACUUGGCAGCUAAUAUAGGAAAGUAGAUACAGUUUUAAUCCAGUUUUAAUCUGUUUUUUCAUUGAGCAUGUUAUAUCAAAAGAUACGACAAAAACUUAAAUUGAUUCCUGACUUCAGGUUGCACUAUAAUUUUGUUUCUAAAUAAAAACAGGACGCGUUCCAGUGUGCUCAGGUACAAAUUUCACAUUCUGUAUAUUUUGCUUGUUUGUCUAGUGGAUGCUAGCUGUUGGUUUGUAGGACUCGAAUGACAUUCAUGUUUCUAAUUCUUACGAAUAAAAGUUAUAUUUGAUAACAGUGCUGAUGUGUUUAUGUUCUAGAUUACGUGUUCAAUUUAGUUGUCUGUAUCCUUACUUGUUUCAAGUGCCUUAAAGCACUGAAGUAUAAGCAAUACAAUCCAGUAUAUACACAGUGUUCUUGAAGUUCAUGAGCAGGAACAGAAUUGUUGUACUUCCUUUGCCUUUAGGUUGAGGAUCUACCUUUCUUCCAUAAAUUAAUAUCCACGUAGUUUCUUGAUCCUUCUUAGUUUCAUAUGCUUGAGGGAAUUAGAUCACAGAAGUCUAUACAGAUUGUACACUAUUUCACUGAUUAAUUUUAAUAGCAGAUUCUACUUUUUCAGCAGCAUUAAAUACUUUUUAUAGCUGUCCGUUUUUCUGCAGUUAGUAUUAACUUCUCACUGCUACAAAAUGCAAAUGUAUUUCUCCCACUGAGGAAAAAUGUCCUAUUUGGAGAAUUUAUUGUUCAAAUUUGCAGAUUUUUUUUUUAAUGGUUUGUAGUCUUCUAGUAGAUAGAUUUUAAUUUCUGUAAGUGAAGUAAUAGUGGAAAGCUUGCUAAAGGCAUGCCUGGCUAUACAUUGGAGAUCUUCUUGUUGUCUUAUGUUCCAUGUACUCUUGGGGCUCUAAUUAAUGGUUUUUAUAGGUAGAGAUUUCUAAUAGGUAUAUUUUUAAAUUUUUCUUAUUCUAAAUUUUUCCUUUAAAUCUUUGUUGUGUUGAACUUUUCAUUGUUUUUGGUCUGCUUUCUCAAUCUCUCGUACGCUGUUCUUUGCCUGAAAUUUCUUAGCAUUUGUAAUAAACUUGGAGCUGAAUACUGGACGUACAUGGAAAUACAUAUCUAUGGAUGCUUUUGGAAAGCAUGUGCAAGAAGUAGGUGGUAAUGUGUAGUACUUGGAACUACCAGGGGUUGGAACUUGCCGUGGGUUUCAUGCAGAUGAAACUUUGAAUAAGUGACUGAAGCCUAAGGGCAUCAGUAUCAUAUGUUUAUUGGGGUUCUUACUAUGGAAUUGAUAUCUUAGUAAAGAACUUUGGAUCUUGUUUGGUAGCUAAAUUUUCAUGUAUAAAUAUUUUUUCAUUUGCAUGUAUCUCAGUAUUGCGAGUGAUCUUGAAGAAACAAUGCAUGCUUUUCUGUGUGUAAGGAGUGGGGGAGGGAUUUUUCUUCAGUCUGUAAUUCUGAAUCCUGAAACAAGGCUUGAAUUAGUACAAAUUUGUAGGCUGGGCACUGAAAAUAUGCCUAAAUGAAGAAUAAAUCUGAUUUCCAAUUAAUUUUCAGCAGAGGUUCUUUCAGCACUUGCAAAAUUUUACUUUUUUUUUUUUAAAACCAAAGGUGUUACUGUGUAUGCUUUGUUGUUACUCCUUAAUUUCUUUAAUCUCAUUAAUGAGAACCAGGUUUCUUUCAUCAGUGAUGGAUUAACUGUCUUAGAAUACUCCAGAAAUAUAAUGGUAUGUGGUAUUUUUGUAUAACAACUCUGUUUCUGCCUGCUUCAUGCUUAAAAUAAUCGUAUUUUACUGGUGUAUAUAUAUAAUUUUUCCCCUCAAAUUGCAGCUACUGUGUAUUUUUGUCUAAUAUGGUUUAGUUGUAUUAUUUGCUUUGGAAUACACAUUAACAUUGUAAAGUACUUGUGUCUAUGUUGACAUAUGGACGUGUAAAAGGUAAUGUCAAGCUACAUAGACAUAUGGCUUCUGGUAUUUGGACUGUAUGUUCCGAAGGUAUUGCAUACAUUGAAUUUAUUUUGCACGUUAUUCUUAAUUAAGUGGAUACUGAUUUUUUUUAUAUGAAAUUGUUUUGGAUAUUGCUUUAUAUGCUUAAAUAAAAUCCGUAUUUGAAAAUACAGUCUUAAUUACAGCUUCUCAUUACUUUACUUCAUACAAUUAGAGUUGUGAUUAAAUGUUCUGUAAUUGCUUCUGUUUUGGGAACACUGAAAUUCAUGCCUAGAUUUGCACAGGCAUUAUUUUUUCAAUGGAAGAUUGCCUAGGAGAAAGUAGGGCAGAAACUGACAUACAGCUUCAGAUACUAUAUUCAGGCUCCACAUUUCUUUUGGUUUGAAGUGGGUGUUUGAAAUUAUGUUGAUAAUUUUGAUAGCAUUUUAAAACCAUAUUAGGGUCUUAAAAAUGAAAGGAUAUCAGUGUAAUAAGAAAAAGGCACAAAAUAAUACUAGUUUCUGGAUCUUUGUUAUGGUAGAAGGUACUACAGUAGACUACUAAAUAAAGUUUCUGAGUAUCUCUUCCAUUUGCCUCUUCUGGGUUUCUUUUUCUAGCUGAUUUUUAUCAGAACUUGUUUUGGAAAACAAGUAUGAAUUGACUUUGAUUUCUAUCUGGAUCUGUUUUGGAAAAUCAGGGCAAAUUAAAGGUAAAAAUAAAAUAUGAGAAGAAUAUGAAAAUAACUCCCAGUAGAAUAUAAAAAAUGACUGCUUCUGCAUACAUUUUAAUGUAAUUAUAGUUGCAUGUUACCUGUUUUUUUAAAUCACAACAGAAAACUUCGUGCUUUUUUUCCCUCCCAGCUUACAGGAUGUUAGGAGCAGAAAAUUCCAAUUUUAAAACAAUGAGAUCAAAACUUCACGUAACUGCUACUUGUGUUUUGAUUUGUUUUGUUUUUGUUUUUAAUUCAGAAAUAGCUAUUUCAGUAAUUUCUAAUUGAAUUGUUUCAGACAGUUCUUGGGAUCCUAAAAAGCAGCAAGGUACUUCAGUUUCUGGAACUGCUGCACAAUAAUAUUUUGAAGAGACCAGCUGGUGCAGAGGGGUAGAGUUUGCAGUUUUUGUUCUGACUUUUUUUCCUCCGAUCACAUGAUUCAAAUUCAUUUUUCAUUAAUCAACAAUUUCUAAAAAUCAACGCUUAUGCAAAAAAUUUCAGAGCAAUUUCUGCAGAAAUGAAUAGCUAGCUAUUCAAAACAGUUCUAAGAUGAUAGGGUAUGAAUUCGUUUUUAUGCAGUAUGUACAGUUAAUGACAGUAUACUUUAUAUAGACAGUAGAUUAGCUAUAUACGCAGUCAUUCAUGUCUGAAUUCAAAAGCCUAGUUUUGUAAAAUUGUUGUUAAAACAGUCUUUAUAUUGAACAUUGAUUAUGAGCUGUGGUUGGGAGGGGAAAAAAAAAACCAAAGCCCACCAGAUUUCAUAACUUUAAGAAAUUUAUUUUUACUCUAUGAAUUACGAAGUACUGAAAAGGUGAGGGUUCUCUGCUUUUUUUUUUUUCUUUGAAAAUUGAGCUAGUUUUUAUUGGUAACUUUUAUUUACAUGAAAUACAGACAGCUAGUAAGCUCUUAAGUAGAUUUUAUCUUCAAUUCAUGAAGUUCAGUCUUCCGUUCAGAUGAUGAGGAAAUGUCACUGCUUUAAGUUGUAUAUUCUUCUGUGUGUGCUAAUGGUUUUGACCUUACAGGAUUUUCUGUAGGGAAAUAAGAGAAUCAUUUUUUGGUGAAACUGAUGUAUUUACUCUGUACUAGAAAAUAGGGAUGAAAUAAAAUCCAAAGCCAAUGAUGUUUUAUUUCUUUUCAGGGAGCUUGCUCCUGCUUCACAGAUUGCUAUCUUAAUGGGGCAGUUCAGAGGGAAUGGGGUCUGUAUUUUAAUGUUACUGUGCUGUACAACCAAAUUAUUCAAUUAUCUGCGGUUUGUUGAAGUACUUCUUUUUUUCCCCUUACCAAAAGUCAAAGCUAAUUCAGUUUGUUUGAUUUUAGAUGAUUGUUGAAAUGAAUGAUUCUUAUGAAGUGCAUUGUAAGUUUCUGGUGCUUGUAGUUAGAGAAAUAUACGUUAUUUAGUUUGUGGAAACAUUACAUUGCAUACUUAAAAAUGGCCUGUUAAAAACAAGCCUAUGACUUCUGAGGUAUGUCUGUAGUCUGCUAGUGUCAUUAUUCCUUUACAGAAAAACUCACUGUCCUCUACAACUUUCUGGUAGUAAAGUGACUAGAAGAUGACUAGAACUUGUAAAAUAAUUGUGGACUGAACAGAUGAUAUGUCUUUAAAGAAAAUUCAUGUUUCAUGAGCAGUUUGUUAAGAAUUUCAGAUUUGUGAAGACAUGGCCCACACUGUCUUACUCUUUUUCUACAGUAGGAAUAUGGAUGUUCUGGAGAAGAGUUCUACUAGUGAAGCAUUUAUUCAUUGACAUAUUGGUAGUAGGUGAAGAUGAAUCUCAGCAUUUAAUUUGGCUAUUUUGAGUCUCUGGGUCUAUAAAAUCAAAGAAUGAAAUCUUAAUAUAUAUAUAUUUAAAGCAGUAAUGUUCCUCAUAUAUGUGGCACUGCUCAGGUGUCCACUUUUUCUAAGCAGUGGGUGUUAGUGCUGCUCAGAUUACACUGUGAAAGUGCACUGUUGCAAUAUGGUUGCUCUCACUAUUGUCAGAGUGGCUUCUCUAGAAGUUCAUAUUUCUCAAAAAUAUUUAUGUAAAAAUGGUACCUUCUUAGUCAAAAAAGAUCUGCAUUCUGUACAUAGUCGUUUCAUUUCUGUUUGCUUUUUCUGUCUAAACUACAUUUUCAUUUCUUAUUACCCUUGUUAGUAUUACAGAACAAAUACAGAUACUGGUGAGCGAGCUAGAUUCUAUUCCAUUUCAGGCACUGUUAACGGAAUUGUUAACCACUUUAUGACACUAAGAUUUUUGGUUUUAGUGAUGUGUGAGCAAGAAGGAGGUCAAAUCUCUGUAAAUGUGCAGUCCUUGCAGGAAAUAAAAAAAAUACUGUGAACUGAGCAUGUUUGGUUUGGUGUUGGGGUAGAAGGGAAGAAUCUUUUUUUUUUUUAAAAAAAAAAAGUGUCACUGUCAUAGUUGAACUGUGUGGGGGGGCUGGCUAUUUUGUAUUAUGGUAGAACAGGGCCUUCCUAGUGUUAUAUGUAUAAAUAUUUGGUGAAAUACAGUAAAAAGGCAAAAUAGGAAGUGAAGCACAGGAAGCUGAAAAGCCUUACUCAUGAUGUGCCACAUAAUCUAGGAAUAGAGUGUAGGUCUAUUUUUCUAGAUAUUGAACUAUAUUGCUUUGCUUGUGGCUGUUAAUAGUAUAUUUAUCAUACUAUGUUAUAGCAAGUAUUUUUAUUAUUUAGGUAUUAUUAUAUACUUCAUUAUAGCAAGUAUUUAUUCUCUGACAUUUAUUGUUGAUUUCUGGUUUUUAUUAAUAAUGCAGGUAUUCAGGGUGUUGAUAUGAAGACAGGACAUUUUCAAGAAUGUGACCCACAAUCAAAACAAGUAGCUGCUUAGCUUGCAUUUAGUUAAUGUUAUUUAUCUUUCAAUUUUCUAGAAUUCAUUCUUUGCCUCUUCUGUGUAAAUAUCUUUGAAUUUUGCCUUAUGCCAAAAGCAAAUGGAAAUCUCACAAGCAUUACCACAAAGUGAGUUAAUGUAACUGUCUUUUUCUUAUCACUCACUUGAAUGCAGCAAGACUUACUUUUGAUUCUUAAUGGUGCUUUUUUAGUCCAAGCACAAAUAACUGUUUUUUGCUGGCUUCAUAUGCUGCAACUGGGCACUGAUAUGAACAGGUAACUUUGGCCAUUUCUGCUUUAUUAUGAUUAGGUGAUCUUGGAAGUCUUAACUGAAAAAACUCAUGAACUGGUACCUUAGGGAGAUUUCCAAAGAAAUCUUGGAGAAAAAAGCAUUCUGAAGUUUGAUCGUGUUGUCCAAUAUGCUUUCAUUAGCCAAGAAGUUUUUACUUCCACUUACCAUACUUAGCUCUAAUCCCUUGAUUUUUCCUGUUUGAAAAUUAGUAAUUUCUACCUAGAUACUGAAAAGAGAUCUUUUUCCCAACUUUGAUUGGCUUUGCUCAUUAUCCAGUAGCAGAAGUUCUCAAAUGCCUGCUAGAGUGGUAAGAGCCCAUUAUACCUAGUGAUACUCUGAUACAACAUGUAUUCAGCCUGUGGCAAGGGGAACGCGUUCUUUACUAUACGGAAACGUAUGAAAUCUGACAUGACUAGUGAUACUACUUUCCAUGAUUUAAGGUGUAACUGAUAAUGUAAGCCUUCAGUGUUUUAGGUAAGAAAAAUUCACAUACUUCAGGAGAAGCAAUUGAGCCUUGACACUAAGGUACUGUGUGGGUUUUAGAAAGGAAGUGGCUUAUUUCAGGGAAAAAUGUGUCAUCAGUAUUGAAAAGCUUCUUAAAAUCCUUUGAGAUAUCUCUUUGAGCUUCUCCUUAUGCAUACCGUACACCUACACUGGAAAAAGUGACACUCCAAGUGUUUUCAGAGUUUUCUUUUAUGGUACUUUAACACUUGUAUAAUUUGCCUUUUUCAGACAACAUAUAAUUUGAUACAAAGUCAAUCAUUUUCAUAGUUGACUGCAUUGUGUGUGAAAGUUGGGUGUUUUGCUUGGAAACUAAGAGAUCUUAGAUAAAACUAAAAAUGGACUUAUAUAUAUAUAUAUAAGUUUUUUUUUAGAAGCUUAAGAUUCCAGGAAAAAAAAGCAGUGAUCCUGGGGAAACAGUAGCUCUGCUUGUUCAGUGAUGUUGUAUAUCAGUCCUUUCAGGUCAUGGUAAAAAUGGCCAUUAUUUCCUUUUCUUUGUGUCCUUAAAAAAAAAAAAAAAAAAGUAAUGUGAACAAUUUACAGGAAUCUCAGAUGUGAUUGCUGGAGUGCCAGGAAGUUUUGGUUGAGAGUCAUAGUUUUCAAAAGUCUUCUUAAAUCGAAAAUCUGUUAGCUAAUCCAUUCUCUGCUACCAGUUUUGGUAAAACAUACAUUUUUCUGUUCUGUGUGUCAGAUUCUCAUGUGCUUUUUUCUUUGCUAACGUGAGAAUUAUCUAUCUGUAGAUAUACUACUAGUACUGAAGGACAGUUUUCUUCCCUUAAGAUGGUCAUUUGAAAGUCAGUAUAGCAAAAAUGGCCUAGUAUGCCUGGUUUAUUUUCUCCUUAUAUUCCAUUUUCUCUGUGUUGUCAAGUGUUUAAAGCUUCUUAAUUAACACUUAACAAUCAGUGUUGAAUGUCCUUUAUCAGUAUGUCACACUCAGGUUUGAAUAAAUAUGGUGCCAAGAACAGGAGUCUUAAUACAAGUUCAGCAUGAACAUUCUGAAUGAUCAAAAUUAUCAGGCAGAUUGGUAGGAGAAAUUCAUAUUGUAAUGGUUGUAAGAUCUAAAAUGCUAGAGAAGUAAUGAAAAGGUUAUUUUCAUGAUAGAAUUUCAAAGCUGUGAAAAAUUGUUCUAGAAUUGCUGUGACCUCAUAAAAUAUACUUGUAAAUAAAGGAAGAAUCAUAGAAUCACCUAGGUUGGAAAAGACCCACAGGAUCAUCCAGUCCAACCAUCCACCCAUCACCAACAGUUCUCACUAAACCACGUCCCUCAACAUAACGUCCAAACGUUCCUUGAACAAGAAUAUCUUAUUUGAAAACAUAACUUAAGGAGGUACUCUUUCCAUAACUAAGACUACAGUAAGGUUAUUUUACAAGUUUUUGUCAAGUCAUCUGUCUCAGGUUUUUGUUUGCAUUGUCUCUGAGAAAAGACGUUCUAAAUUACUGAAUUGGUAGUCUGAGUUCUUCAGUAAGAGUGCGAUCACUUCACCAUUUCCAGCCAGCGCUUUACCUGCAGUAGGAAGCAAAAUUCAGUUACAUUUGCAUUAGUGGUCUUUUAAUUUAGAAGCAGUGUAAUGCUGGUUGUUUGCGUUUUAUCUCCAUUUUCUGAGGACAAAUACUGUGUUUUUUGAGAGACAGUCUGCUCUUUGCAGCAUGUAUUAUUUAGCAGUUUUACGGAUAAAUAAUUGCUGCUGUAGUGCUAAUGUAUUACCAGUCCAGAAGCUGUAACUUCUCCCUGAUGUUUGCAUUUGAAUACUCAAAGUGAGGGUGUUGACAAGACUUAAGACAGUGGUAUCUCACACUUGUAAACCAAUGCAGUUGAGCUUCAGAAAUCGGUGUGUCACCUGAAUGUUAGAAGUAUAGGUAUAUCAAAUUCAAAAUUGUGGGAGUUAAAAAAAACAACCACAAAACUAAAUUAAAAUAUACCCGUUAACAGUGAAAAAGGAGCUUGAGCUGCAGUACAAAACGUGAAAAUUGGGGAAUGAAGUUAAAAGGCAAAAGCCAAGAAAAUGUUAAAAUGCAAGCAGAAAAUACAGAAUUGCUUUACAAUGUCUUUUUUAUUCUAGGUAACUUUCACUGCAGAUAAUGUUAUUCCUGGUAAAAUUUGUGUUAUCAGUACCUACCAUAUCGCUGUACUGUCUUCUGAAUGUGUUCUUGCAGUAUUGUGCAUUUUUUAUUCUGUGUGGUUCAGUAUUGUUACAAUACUUGUCAGUUGUACGUUGUACUGUUAUGUCAUAUAUAUGUCAACAGAAAUGUUGCCCACUUGCUACUUGUGUGCCUCUGUACCCAAAAUGUUUUGUCCUUUGGUGACAAAAUAUUAUCAAUUUUUUAUCGUCUCUACUUCCUUGUAUUUUCUUUAAUGAUAAGUGAUAUGUUUUAGUGUUCAAAGUUGACAGUUACAAGUAAUGUAAGUACCAGAUUCCUCCUGUCUUCUGUUAGACCUGUGCCAUGAAGCUUAAUGCUCUGGAGGUCAAAACUCUACAGAAUUACUGUAGAAAUUCACACAUAAAGAGUCAAAACUUUUGAAAAAUAAUGUGGCUGGUAACUUCAGUAUGGAAGAAAGCUGUGUCUGUGGAACAUGUCUGUUAACUGGCCAUCACAGGGAAUAACUGUGACUGGUUGUUGCUUCAGUCAUUCUUCCAUCUUUUUACUGCAUUUAAAAAUCCAGGCUAAAUGGAAACUUUAUAUCUAAUUAAUUCCAAAAUAUAUGUUGAAGUUGUUUUGAGUACUCCUUGAGUCCUUGUUACCACCUUUUUGUGGUUUUAGAAUCACAUUUUCCUAUUUUUAAUGUUUUCCUCUUCCCUGUUGCGGGUUUACAUAAAUAGGAAAAUGACUAACUUUGCUUGUCAGCUAAGCAAGGGGGUGAAACUGGGUAUGCGCAAAGAACAACUCAAUGCCUAAGUCAAAAAGAAGAGGAAAUUUGCCUUUUAAAGAUCUUAAGUAAAUGUUUUUUUUCAAGGCAAAAAUGUGAUUUACUGUAUGAUUUCAAUGGUAUUUUUUGAUAUAUGUAUUCUAAGAAGUGUGUAAGGUUGUGGUUGUGAUCUGUGUGCAUGUAGUUACUGCUGUAAAUAUGUCUUUAACUUCUCUUUCACUGCAACAAGGAAGAGUAAAACAUGGAAAAAAAAGAACUUCAGACUGCACAGGUUUCUCUCUGAAGUCCAGGUAGAAUGAAAUGCACUUCUUCAGACUGGCAAAUGAACUUUUCUCUUCCUGGUAUUCAUCUGCAUCUGAUAAAUCUUGCAAAAUUAUUUGAAACCACAUGUUGUGUUUUACUGUAUUCAAGUUUUCUUCUAGACAAGGGUACACAGCUCUUUAUAAACCAGUUUUGAUGUCCUGAAUAGUUUCAUCAAUGAGCAAUAGAGCUUCAUGUUCCAUCUAUACACAGGAUGUUUUCCAGAUCGUGUGUCUCCCUUAUUCAUAGUAUGGUAACAUUCAGUCUCCCUUUUUUUCUAGACUUAAUCAGGUUUAUCUUUGAUACCUCUGGAAUCUUGAUAUACUUGGCUUGGGGCAGAGGAGUUCUUUGGAAAUUGGAGAAUAGUUAAAUUCUCAGAGGGAUAAUAUACAUAAAUUGUGCAAACGUAAUGUAAAUAAUGUAAAACAGGCUUCAAUUACAAAGGGAAAUCUUUAUGUAAAUUAGGAAGUUUCUUAUACUGAAAAGUAGGACAGUUUUUAUAAUAUUUUCCUAAAUUUUAAUGCAGAAAAGAUUUUAAUGUAUCUUUUGCUUCUUAGAUCUAUGUUGCUAUAUGUGUCAAGUAGAUUUUGCCUUGCUUGCUCGCAGAUUGUUUGCUUUUGCAUGACCAGGACCUCCUCUUAUUGCAGCAGUUCCCUUGAUAAAUAGAAUUACUACCUAAUACCAGGUUUUUAUCAGUUAGCUAGUGAAAGCCCUACUGUCAGCUUAAUGUUCUCGUGUUGGGUUAACUAACUUCCUAAUAAUACCCACUGGCAGCAUCCACAGUGUGUUCCUCAUGAAAUUACAUCUUCAUUAUGUGUAUAUUGUAGCAACGUUUGUACAAACAGUGUGGUAUAUAAUGGCUUGAUAUUUGUCUCUAAAGUUGUAGAGAUAGAUGUGUGAACUUUUUUUAAACUUCUGUCAGGUUUUUUUUUUUCCUAAUACCUGCUGUAACACUGUGGGAGGUUCUUGACUGCAGAUAAAUUCAGUGUGCUUGAUCAGCCAGCUUCUUUGAUGGAGCCUGUGUUUGUUUUGCAAGUUAAAUUUGGAGAUCUUUAGCAGUUUUACACCUAGCUUUCAAAGAUCCUUUCUCCGUAAAUGUGUUGCCACUAACACAUUUAAGUAGUAAAGAACACUAGAGCUUUGGUUUUUCAGUACUCUCUCUUUUUCUAAUAACCAUUGCAUCCUUUGCAUUUUGUCCUGCCUCAAAUUUUUACUGUAUAUGAACAAGGCAAGACAGCACUGUGGUAAACUGGUUGUGUUUGCUUUGGGAAUGUGUAGGGUGCUAAAUUAGAAUUAAAGGAAGCAAUAGGAGUAGAUGGUGGAGCCUGUUGACGAUUGAGGCAACAGAAAAAUUAACAAAACCUGGAAGAACUCCUUAGUAAAACAUACAUCAGUAGUAACAGCUUGCUUCUCAUUUCAUGCUUGGAGAAAGUGAUUGGCCUUCAAUAGGAAUGUAUUUACUAAUUUUUUUUAUUUAUCUUUGUUAGACAGUUGCUGUUUAGUAGGUAUGUGUGAAGUGUGUUGAACCUGCAUCUCUGUAGUUCUGAAGACAAAAUUGAGAUUGUACUUUUUUCUAAAUGAAUGGAGUUGCUAGGGUUUAGGAAGUACACGUAUGAAAAAGGUUCUUUACAACACUGGAGCAUCUGGAAAAUGUACCAGAAGAGAAGUGAUGGUGAUGGACCUAUAUCAGAUGAGUUGUGUCUUGAGCUUUAAAUUCCAGUAUAAAGAAUAGAAAUGCGAAUUUGCUAGUAUAAUUAUGACAGCCAAGGACACUUCCAGUGGAAGUGUUGGAAGUGGAAUACUGUUUUUGUAUCCUCAUUGAUAGAUUGUUCUACCAAAUAACGAACGGGUAAGAAUCAGGCUGGAAGGGCCCUUAAAGAUCAUCUAGUUCCAACCCUCCUGCUACAGGCUUCUGUUCAGCUUGGCUUCAACACUUCCAGGGAUGGGGCAUCCACAGCUUUUCUUGGCAACCUUGGCAGUGCCUCACAUGACCAGACUUUUUUAGGCUUUUUCAUUUUGUUUCUUAUUGCUUUUCCAGUAUGAUUGGAAAAUAGCAUUAAGGAAAGGAGUGAGACUCUGGGUAGUAAUAGGAAGAUGUUCUGGCUUAGUGGUACUUAAUAUAAAUACAGAGAGAGUGCAUCCCUGUUAAUCCCUAAUGUUAAUCAUCAAUUCAUAAAUGUAAUCUAUAGUACUGAAUUGGUAGGCUUGAAUGUAUUGUAGAAACUUCUUGUUUUGCACACCUAUGGCUCAUUUUUUGUUUUUCAUACAGUAACACGUAACAAAAUUCAGUUAGUAUGAGGAAACCUUAAGUGUUUUCUCUUGGUGUUAUAUUUUUAAAAUUGAUGUUGGAUGUCUUCACAGAAUACUUACUGUUCCAUCUACCUAAAUUUUUUUUUAAAAGCCAAAAUCCUUUCUCUCUUAAUGGUUCCAAGUUGAAUAAUGUAUAGAAUAAUACAAUAUCCUGAGUUGGAAGGGGUUUUGCAAGGAUCAUUUAAGUAUUGCUUAUGAAUUUCACCUUAAGAAUUAUAAUGCAGUAAUUUUUUGCUUUUAUUACUUAAAGCUGCUUAAUAUUUUGCAGUUAAGGAACAAUGGCAUAAACCACCUCCCCUUAACCUAAAAUCGCGGAGUAAUAAAGGUGUGGAAAGAGCAGGUACUUAAUUAAUAUCAGCCUCUAAUUUGGAGUUAAAAAAAAGCAACAAUACAAAACACCUUGUUAAUUACAUGAUUUUAAAAAGCAUGUGUGUUUUGCAUCAUUCUUUUGCAUUUAGUCCUAGUAAAGUGAUUACUCCUAAGAGGUGUAUGUUCACUCAGCAGAUUUCAUUUGAACAGAUUUUGUGUGAAAUGUUUAAAUUUACCUGAUUUGCAUGUGCAAAGGAGAACAAUGCAUUCUUAAAGUCUUUUGUUUCCCACUCAUCCUUUCUUAACAUUUGUUCUUUGUUAUAUGAAUGAUAAAAAAUUGAACCUGUUAAACAUUUGUCACUUCAGAAUAAUUGCUUUAAAGUAACUUUUAAAUGUGUAUAUUAAACUGUUCCAUUCACAGCUUUUUAAAAUCGACUUAGUACAUCACUUAACUUCUUAUAAGGUUGUACAUUUCCUGUAUCAUCUUAAGUUUGGGGUAUAAGAGGGUGGUUGCAAUUACAGAAGAGGCAAGAUUUUCAAGUUACAAUUCUACCUCUGAGCUGUGUUGUUUUGUAAAAUCCUAUAAAAUGCCAUGCAUGAAGUACUUCUAUUCAAUCCUUAUUCUUUCAGUAUGGUUCUUUCAUCAUCAGGGGCUUAUCAGUGCUAGAUCUGGAAGUUGUGUGGCUUGAGAUAAUCACCUGUGAGGACCUUUUUGCACUGUUGAUUCAUAUGCAUCAUUUCAUCAGCAGUACCAUUAUUUCAUGUAAGCAUAUAUCUUUUUUUCUCUAAAAAUUCUGUUUACUGUAAGUGGCAUCCAGAAAUAAUACUUGUUCUGAAAGAAAUGACCAUUGUUUUAGAUGCACAUAGGAAGAUACUACUCUGCAAGACUGCCUUAACAUCAGAGCACCUGCUGUGAGUGGUAGCAUGAUAUGUCCUGUUUCCCUUCUCAUUCUUGUGUCUUUGGGAGCUUUUUUCCAUCCAGAUUAGCAGGCGUAUCUUAGUCACUGAGCUGAAGGCCUCACGUAGAACACUUAUUUUUGCAAAACAGGCAGAUUUUUAGAAGUUCAGUUUUACUGCUUUCAUCUUCGUGUGGCCAUGUCUUCCAGCAUCCUGGUUGUCAUUCUUGUGAAUGCUGUCAACUUGUUUCCGUAUCAGUUUCCUCCAUUUAUUAAAGUAGUGAAGAAAUGCACACGCUAAGCACACCUUUUUUUCCAGCUUCUGUUUUGCAAUAAUUGGGAAAAUGACCAUGUUGGUCACAAUGAUGUCUUUUACUGAUCCUUAUUUUGGGGCUUGUGGUAGCACAAUAGUUUCCACCAUGUCAUUGUUCUUGUUUUUCUUUUUUGUUUCCAUUAACUACUCUUGUUUACGUUCUCUUGUCUAUUUGUAGAUUUCAUCAUAGAGAGUUGCUGUGCUGCUUGGUGAAAAUAUUUAAAGUUCAUGUAUGUAGGUUGCUCCAAAAAUAAUGUUUCCUAUUUAUUUCCAUGGUAACUACAAGAGAUACAAAGAGCACAGUAACGCUAUUUGUUAAAGCAAAUUUUCAGCUACAAAACAUCAUCUUUCGGCACAGCCACCAUGAGCAAUACGUUUUGCUAAUGGUGAACAAGAGCCUGUGUACUGUGCUCAUAAAUAUCUGUACCAACAGAGGCGACCCAGUUUUGCUAUUGUCACUGCUGAAAUGCACCACCCACUGCCUUACUGUGCUCACAUCCACUGCUUGGUCUCCAUCAGUGCUUAGCAAAUGUCAAUGAAUGUCAAUAGGUGCAAUUCUUUCCACACGGAGGAUGCAGUGGAAUUGCCACGUCACAGCCUGAACCACUGGUUGAGCAUCAAGUGAGAAGGCCUGGAUAAUCCAGUGAGCUCAGGUGCAAGCUGUGCACCUGAGUGACUGGAAGGGGUGGGACCCUGUGUCCGCCUCUCCUCACCCUCAUUUAAGGGUUAGCAGCUGUGGGAGCAAUAUCUUUCCUGAUAGAGAUUGUGCUCCUCUUGAGCCAUCAUUGAGCAUUGGAAGGGGGGAGAUAAUUUUCCUUCUUGUCAUCUUCUGUUGCUCCAUAGUGCUUGUAUCGCAGCAGAAGGCAGUUAUUGCUGCCUUUUGCCACGGAGUAAUACCGUUCCACACAUCUACUUCAUACACGCUUCUGUGUCAGGUGCCAUUGCAUCAGACUGUCCCUCUGCUGUCAUUUGUUGCACAGCAAAAAAAAUCUAAUGGAAUAUUGGCAAGAAGGUUCAACCUCUGCUACCAUACCACUGAAAUCUGCCUCUGACGUCAUAGGCCAACAUAAUAAAAUAGGAGGUAUUACUUUUUGACCAGGCCUUGUAGAAGUAGUUCCGUAAUUUUCUUAGUCUUUGUAUCAUAGUAUUUUCAGUAGCAGUUUUCUGCCUUAGUUGAAGUGGUGAAAUGUUGAGUCCUUCAGGUCCUCCCUAUGGUUAUGGAGAGAGGAGUUUAAUUAGCUUUUAAAUAUUUGUACCAAAAGUUUGAGGAAAGUCUGCUGUGAGUUACAAAUAUGAACAAAUACUGAGCUUCUCCCAUAAAGAUGGUGGUCUUUUCCAUUGAAGCUUAUGUCCAAAUCUGUUUAGGAGUUUAUAGAUGAAUAAUUUAUUAAUUAGAAGAUUGUAGCUUGCCAAAGUAGGAAAAAAAAAAAAAAAGUCAAAGGUCUGAAUACAUACUGUGCUGUUGAUGGUAUGGUAUGUAAUAAGUUUCUGUCAGUUACUAACUUCUGACUUAAUAGCUAGUUUAUCCCAAUUCCAGAGAUUUGCCCAAAUUACAGGUUUGGGAAGAUCUUUCAAUCUUUCUAUUGAGUGGGUGGUGGUAGCAUGAUGAGGACAUUCAAGAAAUCAGUUUUGUCACAACACAAAAACUGUUGAAAUAGUUGAAAUACUCUUUAUUCCACGCAAUGUUCUCCCAUCUUCUUAGCUCCAUUACUGUUGAGAAAUCCAUAACACCAUUCCUACCAUCUCUGGCUUAACCUUUAGUGAAAUUCUAAUAAAUUCUGUCAUUUCCUUUCAUCUUCAUUAUAGGUAAAGCUUUAAAAAUUGGAGUCUGUUGCUGACUUUUUGUAAAAUAUGAAAAUCAAGGGAUUCCCAGUCAGCCAGAAUGGAAUCUGAAAUUGUGCCGAAAGUUACCAAAAUGACAGUGUCUGGAAAGAAACAGUCGAUGGGAUUUGAAGUUCCAUGUGUGAUUACUGAAGAAAAUGGCCAUGUUAACACACCUCAGAAAGGACUGCCAAUUGAAGAUGCCAGUGUAACUCCUGGGGUACUUGAGGCAGUAUCAAAACCUGCUCUUUCAUCCCAAGUAGCGCAGGUUUCAGAAGAGCAGAAUACAGUGCCUACUCCAGUAAAAAAAACAAGCAAGACAAAACCACAAAUAGAUGUGAAAGCAGAGUUGGAGAAGAGACAAGGAGGAAAACAGCUACUUAAUUUGGUGGUAAUAGGACAUGUUGAUGCAGGCAAAAGUACUUUAAUGGGUCAUCUACUCUACCUCUUGGGAAAUGUGAACAAAAGAACUAUGCACAAAUACGAACAGGAAUCUAAGAAGGCUGGCAAAGCUUCGUUUGCAUAUGCGUGGGUCUUGGAUGAAACUGGGGAAGAAAGAGAAAGGGGAGUAACAAUGGAUGUGGGUAUGACCAAAUUUGAGACGAAGACUAAAGUAAUUACUCUGAUGGAUGCUCCAGGCCACAAAGACUUCAUUCCAAAUAUGAUCACAGGAGCUGCACAGGCUGAUGUGGCUAUUUUGGUUGUGGAUGCCAGCAGAGGAGAAUUUGAAGCAGGAUUUGAGACAGGUGGACAAACUCGAGAACAUGGAUUAUUAGUGCGCUCUCUUGGAGUCACGCAGUUAGCUGUUGCAGUCAAUAAAAUGGACCAGGUCAAUUGGCAACAAGAAAGAUUCCAGGAAAUUACCAGUAAGCUUGGCCAGUUUCUUAAACAAGCUGGCUUCAAGGAAUCUGAUGUGGCUUAUAUUCCAACAAGUGGUCUUGGUGGUGAAAAUCUAGUCACAAGAAGUCAGUCCAGUGACCUCACAAAAUGGUAUCAAGGGAAGUGUUUGUUAGAGCAAAUUGAUUCUUUCAAGCCACCGCAAAGAUCAGUGGACAAACCAUUUAGAUUGUGUGUUGCUGAUGUUUUUAAAGACCAAGGAUCAGGAUUCUGUGUGACUGGAAAAAUAGAAGCUGGCUAUAUUCAAGUUGGAGAACGACUUCUGGCAAUGCCUCCCAAUGAAACUUGCACUGCAAAAGGAAUCACACUUCACGAUGAACCGGUUGAUUGGGCUGCAGCAGGAGAUCACGUUAGUCUCACUUUGACCGGCAUGGAUAUCAUCAAAAUCAAUGUUGGCUGUGUAUUUUGUGAUCCCAAGGAACCUGUUAAAGUUUGCACUCGAUUCAGAGCUCGGAUUCUCAUCUUCAAUAUUGAGAUUCCAGUCACCAAAGGAUUCCCUGUACUUUUACACUAUCAAACAGUAAGUGAACCUGCUACUAUUAGAAGAUUGUUGAGUGUCCUGCACAAAAGCACUGGUGAAGUGACAAAGAAAAAACCUAAGUUCCUGAGUAAAGGACAGAAUGCUUUAAUAGAACUAGAAACUCAAAGGCCAGUUGCUGUAGAGUUGUAUAAAGAUUUUAAAGAGCUUGGGAGGUUUAUGUUACGCUACGGUGGUUCCACUAUUGCUGCAGGAGUUAUCACAGAGAUUAAAGAAUGACAGCGGUGCCUGGACUUCCAUAAUCCCACCAAAAUGCAAUCAGAUAUCCAAACUUCUGUUUAAGAAUCCAGUUACUUCAGCUGAAGGAACAAGUGCAAUUUACUGGGGGGGAAGAAGGUGGUCACAAAAGUUAGUUUGAAUUAGACUUCUGAGGGAACCUUUCAUCAGUCUCUCCCACUGCAGAACAAGAUGCCAACUGACAAGAAAUUGCUGAUGUUGCACUCACUGAUCAGAAGAGUCCAAGUACUGCUCCAUGUGGAAUUUACCCGUUAAAGAGCCUGAUGGAAAAAUAUUAGAAAGUUGAAUUAGGGGGGGGAAAACAGUGAUGAAUCAUCAUGAAGCAAACUCCUUCUAGACAUAAAUUGUUUACAUAUUUUCUUUGAUCUGCUUUUUUUGCUGCACAUUAAUUCAGUAAAGUAACUUUAUUGGUCUAAUAUAUUUUGAGGUUUGAGUUGAAUGCAUAUUCAGGGUAAAACAAGCUAUUUACUUUGGGUUCAAGAGAAUGGCAUGUAGUGCUGUACCAGGAUUUUUUUUCCUGUUCCUAAAUUUAUUUAAAGAAAAAAAGAAAGUUUCUUUUGCUGUGUCGUAGAAGUUGUGCCAACUCUGGCUAAUUUUAUUUUUUAAAAUGUAAGAAUAAUAAAAUAACUUAGAGCAUAA